AUAAAAGGAAAAAAAAAGAUGGAGAUCAAUAGAGGAAUGAAUUGCAAGCUAAACAAGAAACUUAAGUGAUGAGGCUGGUGCUGACAGGGGAACAGGUGCCACUUUCUAGCAACGUAUGGGAAUAAGACUACUGCUCAAAGAAGAGGGUCAGGCUAAGUGUUCUCAUGUCCCCGUCUUGUCAGGUCCAGCAGAGCUGCCAUAAAAUGAUACUUUGGGAUAUGAAAAAUGAGCCUUUGGACACUACUGGUAUACUUCAGAGAUGGAAAAAAAGGCCUAUUGAAAGACAAUAUUGUGCCCAAGAAAUUAUGAUCUGGACUUUAAAAUGAGGCAUUAAACCUUAGAAGUCGGGCUUUGAACUCAAGCUCGAGAGCUACAUUCUACAAUGAAGCUAUGAUUCCUCAAAAUGGGUAUUUGGGUGUUAAAAGACAUUUUGGGCUCAAAAAUUCAGGCCUUGGCAUCUAGAAUGUGCCUUUCAGCCCUAAAAAGAAGAACUGGGCCAGAAAAAUGAGCCUUUAGGACCUCCAGAAGUUGGUUUGGGGCUGUUCAAAGAGACUUUCAAAACUGUAACUCACACCUUGGCUCCUAAAAUGAGAUUGGGGGCACUAAAAAAGAGGGUUUGUCCUCUCAACCACACUCCAUCACCCCAAGUUGUGGAUCCAAACCCUCUGUAUUAGGACCCAAUGUUUCCGCUUUAGAAUCUAAAGCCUUAUUUCCAAAGUCCUGAACCCCCACUUGAAAGUCUAAUUUUAAUUGCACAAACCCUGAGUUUUCAGGCCAGGGCAACUUUUAAUUGACCAAUACGCGCCCUCCUCCUCCUCACUGCCCCUUGCCUCCUCCAUACAGGAGUUUUAAAUGGUCCAAAGCCUCAUUAUUAGGACCCAAUGGGUUCUUUUUAGAGUCCAGAACCUCCACUUUCCAUCCAAAGUAUUCUUCUGAUUGCCUAAAGCUGCCAUUUUCAAAGCCACGGGGCACCUUUUAAGUGACCAAGUGCUUUUAGUAAGUGCCCUGACACCCACUACUGGAUCCAAAGAUGGCUUUUUCUUCCCUACACCUGCACUUUUAUGGAACACGCUGCCAUUUUUAGGGCACAAUGAAUUAUUGUUAGGGUCCACAAUUUUGUUGUAAGGUGCAAAGCGGCCUUCUUAGAUGGCGAGGGCUUAUUUGAGAGGAACACCCCUGCUUUCAAAUUCCCAAAUCCUCACGCUAGGAGCCAAGGCCUGAAUUUUAGGGUCCAAAGCCUCCUUUGCAGGUCCAAACACCCAUCUGGAGGGAACAAAGCAUCACUUAUGGAUCCAGAUAGAGGGGGUCAGGCCGUGCUGCCCUGUCAUUUUUAGGCCCCAGCGUCACAUAUUAGGGCAGAAAGCCUCUUCCUUGGGCUCGAAAGCCUUGUUUGCAAGAAUAAACCCUCCUUUUUAGUGGCUUUUUCUUGCUUACACGUCAAUCUGACAGAGCAGGCUGCCAUUUUCAAUGAACAAAUCCCUAUUUUUAGGGUCCACAAUCUUAUUAUAAUUUUAGUAUUCCCACACCAGGGGCCAGGGAGCGUCUCCGGAACCGGGAGCAGGGCCUCUGGGGCGGGUCCCGUCCCAACGGACACAACGGACCUGGUUCCGUGCAGCUGCGACUGCUUGGAGUGCUACCGGGUGCUCCAGGUGCGAAGCAAAGGCACAAACCGCGGGCACCUUGCCACAGAAACCCAGCGCAGGAGCCAGGGCUGAGGAGCAGGAUGUCAGGGAGACCCCCCUGCUCCCCGCGAGCGGCCUGGCUGGAGGAGGCUGGGGCCUCCCCGGCCUCCAGGCCCCGGCCGCAGCCCUAUGAGGAGAGUGAGGUGCAGCCACUGCAGGCGCCCUCUGGCUCAGGCGUGGGCCCUUCUGCCUCGGCCGUGCUGUGGCAGGAGGAAGAGGACGCCCUGAGCUUCAUCCGCGCUUGCUGCAGCCGCAGACCCGAGCGAGAGGCGCAGAAGCUGAGGUUUCUGGCCUCCGUCUGCGACGCCUGCAGAGCCGCCGUCACGGACCACACCACCUGGGACGCGGUGUAUUUCUGCCAGCUGGAGGUGGCGCGGAGCAUCGAGGCGCUGCUGCAGGAGGAGCCCACCGAUCGCCUGGACACGGAGGUGCGGCAGAAAGCCAUGCUCGCCAUCGCCGCCAUGAGCAGAGCGGGGCUGCUGCCGCAGGACAGGAAGAACGGCCUCCUGCGCGCCUGCCUCUGCAGGGUCUUCCACCUCCCUGAGGAGGAGGACACAAGCAACCCGGACGUGUCUCUCUACUUCAAGACCGUGGAAGCCCUGGACAGCCUGCUGCAGGUGCUGGUGGGCAGCGCCGGCGCCUCCGGCCUCCUGGAGCUGCAGAACAUCUUGAAGCUCCUGCUGCCCUUCACCCAGCAGCAGCCGGAGGCCGUGGAGGAGAGGGCCAUGGCGCGGAUCGCCAGGCUGGCCGCCUUCAUCAACACCUGCUCCUUGCCCCAGGUCAGCUCCUGCUUUGCAGGAGCCACAGUGGUGAGGCAUCAUCACCCCGAGAAGCACCGCUUCUCCAUGCUGGGGAGGCUGGUGGGGUACCUCCUCCUGUGCUGCACCUCCGAGAACGAGGGAAAAAGCCACGAGGCAGCGGAGGCUGUGCGCCACCUCUACAUCUUCAUCGGGCAGCAAAGAAGUGAGAGGAGCCGCGUCGGGCUGGGUCCCUCCAGACACGGGCACGCCGGCACAGCCAGGCCAGCACCAGGCCGCCUGGGCCCCUCUCCUCAGCAGGAGAGACGCGACCGAGCGAGCCCGGCUGCCUUUCCGCGGGCUGACGAGCCGUUCCCCCUGCCCUGAGCGCGAGAGCCCGGGCCCUCCCUGGGAGCGCUGCCCCCAGCUCUGCUCUGGCAUGCCCCCUUCCUGCCAGGGAGGCUUGUGCCCGAGCCCCCGGCUGCCACUGCCAGGUCCCCAGGCCCCCCCCGCUGACACUGUGUCCGCUUUUC